AUGGGCGCCGCGACAUCACAUCCAAUUUUUCUGGCCCUGGAAGAGCUACUACGCUCAAAAGGACUAAAGUUAAAGAAGGGUACUUUACAGACGUUCCUUGAAGUAUGCAACAUUGUAGCUCCUUGGUUCAUAGUGUCCGGGAGCCUUACAAUAGCCUCAUGGGAUAAAUUAGGGAGGGAUUUGGACUUUGCCUAUGAACAGGGCACAUUAAAGGCAGGAGUCUGCCCCAUUUGGAGAUUGAUUAGUGGCUGCCUGGAGGAUCAGAGCUGCUGUGAAAAGGGUUUUGGCUCCUCUGGAAUUGAGUCAAUGUAUGUUUUAGAAUUGCCUGUCUCCCUGUGGGGUCGAGAUUUACUAAAAGAGAUGGGGUUUUGCCUUAGUAAUGAAUAUUCUCCUACCUCAAAGGAAAUGAUGUUACAAAUGGGCUACUGCCCAGGGCAAGGACUGGGAAAAAACGUGCAAGUCUGUAAAGAGCCUAUUGAUGUCCACCAAAAACUUGAUAGACAUGGGCGGUUUUACAUAGGGGCCACUGAGAAUCAAGUUCCCAUUACCUGGAAGAUGGAGGAACCAGUAUGGGUAGCUCAGUGGCCUCUAUCCUCCGAAAAGCUUUUAGCCGCUCAUAAACUGGUAGAAGAACAAGUAGCACUGGGCCAUGUGAGACCCUCAAUUUCACCAUGGAAUACUCCAAUAUUUGUGAUAAAAAAGAAGUCGGGUAAAUGGCGAUUACUUCAUGAUUUGCGUACCAUAAAUGCACAAAUGCAAAUUAUGGGCCCUGUACAAAGAGGGUUACCUUUGCUUUCCGCACUCCCUGCCCAUUGGCCUAUUAUGGUAAUAGACAUAAAAGAUUGUUUAUUUUCUAUCCCCUUGCAUUCUGCUGAUUGUGAGCAUUUUGCCUUUACUGUGCCCUCCUGUAACCAUGAAGAACCUGACCAAAGAUAUGAGUGGGUCGUGCUGCCUCAGGGUAUGGCCAACAGCCCCACUAUGUGUCAGCUGUUUGUUGGCAGGGCUAUAGCUCCUGUUAAAGAACGGCAUCCUAAACUCAGGGUGGUCCAUUAUAUGGAUGACAUUUUGAUAGCUCAUAAGGUAGAAGCUGGGUUAUAA